AUGGCAGACCAAAAGCAGCAGCCACGGGCUCUUACCCUCCCCGAGGGCCUCUCCCCCGACCAGCUCGACGUGAUCACCGAGCUCUCCUCGCUCCUGUCCCGCCUGCGCGCCCCGACCGUGCUCCCGACCUCGCAACCGGGAUCGCAGCAAGCGCCUCGCUCCGGCACGACCCCGCUCCCAGCCGCGGCCCCGACGCCCGCCGCCGGGGGGCCAGGCCCGUCGUCCUCGGCGUCACAGGGUGGCAGCGGCGGCGGCGGCGAGCAGGAGAUCGCGCUGCGCGACUUCCCCGCCGCCACGGACCACCUGCGACACAAGCUGGCGGCGGCCAAGGCGGCCGUGCUCGCGCUGCCCGACAUGCACAAGACGACGGCGGACCAGGAGCGCGAGGUCGCUGAGCUCGAACGCCGCAUCGCCGCCCAGCGCGCCCAGAUCGCCAGCCUCGUUGCCACUGGCGAGCGCUUCGCCGAGCGCAUGAGGGAGUAG